UUGUGUUGGUGUGCUCUCGCUCUCGGGGUUGCAAUGUCGGGUCCUGCUGCGAGCGUGUCGCGUCGGCAGCCCUUGUCUUCUCUCUUGGCUGGUGCUAUGCGAGCGCUCAAUCGGGUGACCUCCUUCGUCCCGCCGCCUCCCUCUGGAAAGGAUGGCGUCCAGGAGAAGAUCGUGGUGGUCCAGGUCCACCCUAACGGGAAGGACCCGUCCUUCACCUUGGCCUUGGGGGAGGCCGUGCGGGACUCGCUGAAAGAUGCAGGACAUCAAGUGCGGGUGACAAAUCUCUACCAGGAGCAGUUCCAGGCGGCCCUGGGCGGACAGGAGCACCGAGGGUUCAUGACGGCGUUCCGCGACGGACAGGUUGCGGAGGACGUGAAGGGGCACGUGGACGAUCUCCAAUGGUGCUCGGGGCUUGUGCUGUGCUAUCCCACCUGGUGGUAUUCCUUCCCUGCCAUUUUAAAGGGCUGGCUUGACCGAACGCUGAUGCCGGGAGUGGCGUUCGACCUCCCGAAUGGCGUGGAGAAGCCUCACCCCAAGACCGGCUUCAUCAGCCGACUCACCAACAUCCGAAAGGUUGGCAUGGUGACCACUUUCGGGAACAGUUUUUGGAACGUGCGAUACGUAGGCGACCCCGGCAGGCGAAUAGUGUCGAGAGGCCUCCGACCUCUCUUUCACCCGGAGUGCACGUUGCUGUGGAAAGGGCUGUACGACGUAGAAAAGUGCCCGCCGCAGGACAGGUCGGCAUUUUUGGAAGAUGUCGGUCGUUCUUUUCGGGACUUUUAGGUGUUGGUUUGGAUUCGAAGCGCAGCUCUUUUUUCUUCCUCUUAUGGAUUUUGGUUCGAACUUGCUUUCCAGUUUUGUUGCUUUCGUGGAACGCGCUAAACGAUGUGAACAUUGCCCGCGGUUGUGGUUGAGCGAUUGUGAAGCGGUCAGCCAUUGGAGUCAGGGGGGCUUGCGGGAGCAUACCUGUACUGUAGAGUAUGGUUUCUUUCUUUGUGUUCUUCCCGCGAUGCUCGUCCUACUGCUGCCAGUGUUACGUGUGAUGUUCUUUUUUGUUUUCUCGAACACUGCUGUAUCUCAGUACUUCAUGUCAUGUUCGUCGGACGUCUUGCAUUCACUGGUUGCGUCCAACUCGAAUUCCCCGCCCAGUGCUCGGUAGUUUGUGGACGAGAAAC